GAUUAAAUGAAAAAGUCGUCUAAAUUAUUUAGAGUGGGGAAAAAUACCAUAUUGUCUUCAUCAUUAUCAAUUAUCAACUUGUGAAUAUUUAUCAUUAUCAACUUGAAAUCAUUCCAUUCACCACCACCAAGCGGCACACAAGUUCUUCACUUGUUGACACCCAAAUUCUCUUUUUGUUGAAAAAGUCAUCAAGAUCACAUUUUUCAGACACCCUUUUGAUCCAAGAAUCUUUAAGAUUAAAGCUGUUAAACCCACGUUGGUUUCGUCGAAAUAGUCUUAAAAAGCUGUUUCAGUUUACCAAGUGUUGUUUAGGUAUACCGUAUACGCACAUCUUGUUCUGCCGAUCUGAGCUGUCUUUUUGUCAUUUCUUAAUUAAACGCUUGGGUUUAACCGUAGAAUGCAAGCCAAGUUUAUAGUAUAAUUUGUCCUGACACCAUGAAAAUUGAUGAGUAUAAAAGAAGAGGAAGCUCUAUACGUCGAAAACCGAACGAAUCUAUGAGGGCUAUUGUAACAAUCACAGUUGGUGUUGUUUUUGGCUUCUAUAUUGGAGUAUCGUUUCCUGCCUUUGCACCAUCAAAGCUCAAACUUGUACCUUCGAUUGAUACAUUCCUUGGUGACUCAUAUUCGGGCCAAUCUACACAAACCAUAUUAAAUGUGAUUUCUGUCACGAGGGACAACGUCUCAACCGAAGCUCAAAAACUCGAUGAUCCUUCAGAGAUUUUCGUCUCAACUAACCCUCGGGGUGCAGAAAGACUACCUCCGGCUAUAAUCGCUUCCGAAUCAGACUUUUAUCCUAGAAGGUUAUAUGGUAGACCUAGUGAGGACCUAACGUUAAAACCAAAGUAUCUUGUAACUUUCACCGUUGGUUAUAAUCAGAAAGAGAACAUUGACCAAACAGUAAAAAAGUUUUCAGACAACUUUACGAUCCUUUUGUUCCAUUACGAUGGCCGAACAACCGAAUGGGAUGAAUUUGAAUGGUCAAAACGAGCGAUUCACAUAAGUGUUCCCAAACAAACAAAAUGGUGGUACGCAAAAAGAUUUCUGCAUCCUGAUAUUAUUGCGCCAUACGAGUACAUAUUCAUAUGGGACGAAGAUCUGGGAGUUGAGAAUUUCGACGCUGAAGAAUACAUUAAACUUGUGAGGAAGCACAAAUUGGAGAUAUCACAGCCUGGUUUGGAUCCAAGUAGUAAGGGUUUGACGUGGCAGAUGACCAUGAGACGAGAAGAUCUUGAAGUUCAUAAGGAAGCUGAGGAGAAGCCGGGUUGGUGCAAUGACCGACAUCAGCCUCCGUGCGCAGCAUUUGUGGAAAUUAUGGCUCCUGUGUUUUCUCGAGAGGCUUGGCGUUGUGUGUGGCAUUUGAUUCAGAACGAUUUGGUUCAUGGAUGGGGUCUUGACUUUGCCCUACGAAAAUGUAUCGAGCCUGCAUAUGAAAGAAUUGGAGUUGUAGAUGCACAAUGGAUUGUUCAUCAAGGCAUACCUUCGCUCGGAAACCAGGGCAACGAAGAGAAUGGAAAAACUCCAAGUGUGAGAGAUAGGUGCAAAAACGAGUGGAAAAUGUUUCAAGAUCGUGUAGCAAAUGCAGAAAAGGACUAUUACAAGUCGGUGGGUGUUGGAUCGAUGGAUCAUGAAGCGAAUUGGGUGACACCCGAUAGAAUUCAAUAGUGUUUUAGAGAUUAGUAGUAUGUUUAGUUCCUAUCAAUCCCAUAGUAUAUGAUUUUAGAGGCAAAUCUUUACUAUAUACACAACCUUUCUUUAUGUUUCUUCAUAGAGUAAUCAUAACGGUGGCGGUGAUGGGUGGUUGCACCGUGUUUAUAUGAUAUAUCGUGAAUCGUGAUGGUUA